AUGAAUCGACUCAUAGCUACAAGAUCUGUGUUCAGAUACAAUAGAAUAUUAUCCCCUAUAUUGCACCUGGCUCCAUAUCGUACUUUAAAAUUACCAAAAUUUCUCCAAGUUCUUCCUAAUGCAGUGGAUCGAGCCAAUGAAAUAGAUCGUCAGUAUAAACAAACAACUAAUCAUCCUACAGAUAUAAAAAUUCAAGAAAUUAUUAAACAAGUUGAAGGACAACCUGAUUUAUUAUAUCAAUUGGGUUUUUUCUUUUAUAAAUGUAAAAAAUUGGGAAUUACCCAUGAUAAUGUCGAAUAUAGAAAAAAAGGUAUCUUGUAUUGGGUAAUGUUUUUAAAUAAUUUAAUGCCUUUAAAUGGAGCUUUUUGGAGUACCAUGCAAAUGUUGGGUAAAUCUCAACAUAACCAUAGAUUAAAUCCAUUUAAAGUUAAUGAUAUUGGAUUAUUGGAUCCCAAGAAUUUCCCUAAAGAGUUUUACAACCAAUUGUUGACUGGGAGAUAUAGAGGGGUUGAUUUUAGAGAUAGAAUUGUAUUUUCGUUGACAACACCGAAAUGGGAAGAUCCAGAAGUUAAAUAG